AUGAAGCAUUUCCACCUCGGGAAGUACAAGUGUGCAGUGGUGCUGGAGCAAGAUGUGGUUCUCCAGUCUAUUGACCGUGCCAUUGAGGCUGUGCACAAUGCAGCCAUGAAGAAUGGGGGAAAAUACAACCUGGAGCAGAGAGAUGUUCUCCAAAAGCUGAUCCAUCACCGGAAGGAGACUGUGUCCCGCAAAAGCCACUCUCCCACCCCGCAGGGAACGGUGAUGACGCAGUCGUCCAGCGAUCACCACCUGGAUGUGGCGCGGCAGCCCAACGGGGUGUGCCGGACAGGGUACGAGCGACAUCACAGCCUUCCGAACACCGAGUUCGAGGAGGAGGAUGAAGGUCUCUAUCAGAUCCCACCACAGGCCCGGCGUGCUGCUCCCGUCACCCCCCCUCCGCCAGAGAAGCGUAAGAACGCACAGAUUGCUGCUCCCAUUAAAAACGCUGUUGAAAUUAUUCCUGGGUCAGCUUCUAGUGCCUCCUCUAUAAGCACGACAUCCCUGGAUACCCUGUACACUGCUUCUUCUGUGUCAGAGACCGCUCUCCCCACAGCCACCUCCAGUCCUGCCAACACUCCGCCCCCCGUCCCGAGCCGGAGUGUCCACACCACAAUCACUCGCAAUUUGGACACCGGCUCUGUGACCCAUUCCCGCUACGGGACUUCCCCGAAGGAUGGGAUCAGCAAAUCUCCACAGUCCAAGAGGGUCGCCCCAGCACCGCCGCCUGAAGGGGGGACCCAGAGGUCCCAUGCAGUGGAUGGGGAGAAGACUUCUCAGGUGAAGAAAGCUGCCCCAGCACCCCCUGCAAGCCUGGAUGCCUUCAGCAACCUCUGCCUGGAGGAUAAGAAGGCAUCUGUGAUGGAGCCAGUGCCACCAGAACCCAGCGGCCUGGUGGCCUCCGUGCCCAAGACGAUAGGUGCCGAACUGAUCGAGCUGGUGCGUAGGAACACCCACCUCAGCUACGAGCUGUCCCGUGUGGCCAUUGGCAUUGUCAUUGGCCACAUCCAGACCUCUGUCCCUGCAACCAGCAGCAUCAUGGAGCAGAUCCUCAUCUCUGUGGUGGAGAGUAAGAACCUGAGUGCAGGGCUGCCCUCGGGCCAGAUCUGCCACGACGAGCAGCGGCUGGAGGUGAUCUUUGCAGAUCUGGCCAGGCACAAGGACGAUGCUCAGCAGCGCAGCUGGGCACUCUAUGAGGAUGAGAAUGUCAUCUGCUGCUACCUGGAGGAGCUGCUUCGCAUCCUGACAGAUGCAGACCCAGAAGUUUGCAAGAAAAUGUGCAAGAAGAAUGAAUUUGAAUCUGUCCUGUCCCUUGUGGCAUAUUAUCAGAUGGAACACAGGGUGCCAUUACGGCUGCUGCUGCUGAAGUGCUUUGGAGCCAUGUGCAACUUGGAUGCUGCAGUCAUCUCAACGCUUGUAAAUUCUGUGCUGCCGAUGGAGCUGGCCCGGGACAUGCAGACUCACACACAGG